GAAGAUAGAACCCUCCAUUUUUCUUUCAAGGAAAACAAGAGAAAGAGCCAGAACUGCAGGGGAGGAAAGGAGGAAAGGCAAGCUUGAGGAAACACAAUGCCUAUGAACUUUGAAAGGGACGGAAAAGUCCUCUCCCCAGCAGGAGCUACUUGAGAAACUGCAAGUCACUUCUGGAGUGAGAGAAUUGGCUAUCUGCAAGGAUGUUGCCCAGGGGAUGCCCGGAUGUUUCGAUGUUUUUACCACCCUUAUGGCUUCUCUCAUGUCCCCGCAUGGAGCUGGAGCUGAUAGAGGGAGCUCAUCCACGCUCUCCCCGGGUUGGAUUUGAACCCGGUUCAAUCAGUGGUUCCCUUGAUUUAUGGACAGUCAUUUGUUUGAAGAGUAGUUCACAGUUUGAAGGGGCCCAGUGUCUGAAGAUACCCCCUGUUCAACUCUGGUUUAAAAAGACCAAAAACCACAAGAGGUGAAAGCAGCAUUUGCAAACAAGCAGGCAAAUAUUUCAGAUCAUAAAAGAUCAGAAACUGUACGCAAGAUGAUCUAUGCAUGGACAGUGGAGGAGGGUCUAGACUACAGGAAGCAGAGAACUAUUUCACACAAGGUCAAAAGAUAUGCUAUGGUGAUUCAACACAUCCCUGCUACAUGAUCGCCUAUUUUCAAGAUUUGUCCAGACGUGUGGGUUUCCAGGAGGCUCGCCAAGGCUGUGAAAUGGAAGGUGGAGUGCUCCUAAGUCUUGAAAGUGAAGCAGAACAGAAGCUGAUCGAAAGUAUGUUGCAGAACCUCACAAAGUCAGGCCCUGGGAUAUCUGAUGGGGAUUUCUGGAUUGGGCUAUGGAGAAGUGGUGAAGGUCAAACUACAUCAAGUGCCUGCCCUGACCUUUACAAAUGGACAGAUGGAAGCAAUUCUAUUUUCAGAAAUUGGUAUACAGAUGAGCCUUCCUGUGGAAGUGAAGCUUGUGUUGUGAUGUAUCAUCAACCAACUGCAAAUCCAGGUUUGGGAGGACCUUAUCUUUACCAAUGGAAUGAUGACAGAUGCAACAUGAAGCACAAUUUUAUCUGCAAGUACAAGCCAGAUGAUAUCUUAGAAAAAGAAUUAGGAGACAAAGUGGAUUCGCAUUACGAAGUUCAAGCAACAGUGCCAACAGGGAAACCUCAUGAUUCAAGCAAGACAGAAGGCCAUUUUCCAGUGGUUGUUACCGAAACUGGCGGUUUAAUUCCCAAUCUAAUUUAUGUUGUUAUACCAACUAUACCACUGCUGUUAUUGAUACUGGUGGCUUUUGGGACUUGCUGUUUUCAGAUGCUAAACAGAAGUAAAGGAAGAACAAAAACCAGUCCGGACCAGUCUACACUAUGGAUUUCUAAGUAUCCAAGGAAAGAAAGUAGCAUGGAGGUAUAAAUGACUUUUAAAAAGAAGGAAUGACACUUUUCGAUUCAGGAUAUCUUAUAAUGUCAUGUCAGAUAUUAGCUUGGAAUGGCUUGAAAUUGCAAUGGAUCAGCAAGAUGAACUGGAAGCUCCCUCUUGAGGCAAUUGCUCGGAUCGUUUUUAUAUGCAGUGUUUGUUUUUUAAUGCAGUAGCAACACAUGGCACUCUGAAAGAGGGAAAAUGCAUUUAUUUUGCUAAGGAAAAUGAUUCUGCUACAGGUAGUAACAAGAUGGACAGAGCAUUUGGAAUAUAUAUGGGGAUAUGUCUACUGUUAUGUGUCAAUUCUAGAACAAUUGUUUCUAGUUUACAUCUUAUUUUUUCUUGUUUAUUUUUCUUAUAUUGUACCAUUUCUCAUUAAUGUAUGUAAUGUAAAUUCAAUUAAUAUAAAUAUACAAUGUAACAAAAUAAUUUAUCUUUGCAUAAAAAAUGAUAAAAUGUU